AUGCCGAUUGGGCUCUUCCAGAUGUAUCACAUCGCCGCAGCACCUGCUGCUUUAAUAUUCUUCCCUGGCGCACCUUUUGGGAAAAAGGGUGCCCUGGCACAAUUCCAUCUCCCGAAGUCCCAAGACUUCAACGGAGCGGGGGGACGGAAUGGCGACAGGAAAUGUAUGGCCCCUGUUGCUGCUGAGCCAACCACCGACCCCCAACCUGCAGAAGACGCUGCUCCUGCAUCCCCUCAAGCGCCCGCCGUCGAGGCUGUCAAAGCCUCACCGGCCAAGGCCGCUGCUGCUCCCGCGGAGACACCAGAGGAGGCAAAAGUUGAGAAGAAGGAAAAGUCCCCCAAAGACUUGGCCAAGCUGGCCCAACAGUUCAGCAGCCGCUUGUUUGGCGCUGUCGGCAAGAAAAAGAAAGAGCCCACAAAGAAGCCCGAGCCCACACAGGAAGAAGAGGCCGAAUCGGCAGCCCCCGCUGAGGUAAGCACACUAUCCCCCUCUGCCAGAGGCGCUGUUGCUGAGCAGCUUUCUUCCGCACCAUUGGCCCGCGCCCGUCUCCAACGCCGCCCCGCAGAUUCCUGCCAACACUACGCCCGAGGUCUCGCAGGCGGCCACCAAGCCCGCCCCUGUGAUCGCAGCCGCCGCAUGAUCCUUCCCUCUGCCUUCGAUGCCUCUCUCUUCCCUUCCUGCCCUGGUUUCCCGCUUUACUCAACUAGGUCUUCAUUGCGAUAG